GUUCGACGAAAAUGACGACUCGUUCAUUCGGGUAACCGUGAAAUUACAGUAAACACCUGAAAAAAUGGCGGACGCUGCUCCAGCCCGUGGUGGAUUUAGAGGAGGAUUCGGCUCGCGUGGCGGUGGACGCGGUGGUCGCGGACGUGGUCGCGGUCGUGGCCGUGGGCGCGGUCGCGGCAAGGAGGACUCGAAGGAAUGGGUUCCGGUGACGAAGCUGGGCCGUCUGGUGAAGGAUGGCAAGAUUCGCACGCUGGAGGAGAUCUACCUGUACUCGCUGCCGAUCAAAGAGUUCGAGAUCAUCGACUUCUUCCUGAACCGUCUGCUGAAGGACGAGGUGCUGAAGAUCAUGCCCGUCCAGAAGCAGACCCGUGCCGGUCAGCGUACCCGCUUCAAGGCGUUCGUGGCGAUCGGUGACAGCAACGGUCACAUCGGGCUUGGCGUGAAGUGCAGCAAGGAAGUGGCCACCGCCAUCCGGGGUGCCAUCAUCCUGGCCAAGCUGUCCGUUGUCCCGGUCCGUCGUGGUUACUGGGGUAACAAGAUCGGUAAACCACACACCGUACCGUGCAAGGUCAGCGGAAAGUGUGGUUCCGUUCUGGUGCGUCUGAUUCCGGCUCCCCGUGGUACGGGCAUCGUAUCGGCCCCGGUCCCGAAGAAGCUGCUCCAGAUGGCUGGUAUCGACGAUUGUUACACCACCACCCGUGGCUCCACGACGACGCUUGGUAACUUUGCCAAGGCAACGUACGCCGCCAUUGCCAAAACGUACGCCUUCUUGACGCCGGACUUGUGGAAGGACCUGCCGCUGAACAAAACCCCGUACCAGGAGUACGCCGACUUCCUCGAGAAGACGAGCAAAACCGGUCAGCGCAUCAUCGAGCUGUAAGCAGCAGUUCCGAUGGUGGAUUGGCGGCUUGGUCUCCUCGUCGAACCAUUGUCAUCUGUGGAUUAACUUUUUAUUCCCCAUAUAACACCCGGUGUGUCCCGCACGUGUGCCAAGCGCGCGCGAACAUGCAGAGAAAUAAAAAGCUUAAGUUCCCGGCGAUUGCAAGCACUGCCGGAAACGAAGCAAUGGCAAUGGAAGUAGA